GGCCGAGACCCGAGUGGCGAAGUGCAAACUGCUGGAUACAGGGAGUCGGGAAAAUCAUUGAUGACACAUGUGAAGAAUAGACAUUGGGGAACACAAAUCUACACCUUUCACUACGACACAGAUCACAAGUGCCACAAGAGGGAAUUGCGCAUAUACUUUCAUUAUGUCUUUGUUUAUAGGCCGAUUAAGUCACGACAUCCGCGAGGCCGACCUUGAGGAUGUCUUCAUCAAGUAUGGAAAGAUAAAUCGCUGCGAAGUCAAGAACGGAGGCUUUGCUUUUGUAGAUUAUGAAGAUAAACGCGAUGCAGAGGAUGCGAUGAAGGCUGAGGAUGGGCGUGAGAUCCGUGGAGCUCGCAUUGCCGUGGAGUGGGCAAAGGGACCAAAAACUAAAAACGACGAUUGCUUUAAGUGCGGGCGUGGUGGUCACUGGGCCCGAGAAUGUCCCAACAGUGGUGGUGGUAGAUACGACGAUUUCGGUCGGGGCGGCGGCCGUGGCGACAAGUACGGUGGAGGCAGAUAUGGUGAUGACAGGCGCGGUGGUUACAGCAGACGCUCACCAUCCCCAUACCGUCGCAGACGUUCACCCAGUCCUCGCAGACCACGUUCGCGCUCACCGAUACGUCGUGGUGGCUCUCGAUCUCCUCCGCCAAGACGCUCGAGGACUCCCAGGCGCUCCUCUCGUUCACCCGCGAGAGGGAGAAGUCCUUCGCCCGGCGGCAGGGACGCGCCCCUUCCCCGUGAUUCCAGAUCCCCACCCAGAAGGGAAUCGGCAAGAAGAGAUUCUCGAUCUCGCUCACCCCGUCGAGAUUAAAUGAAAAUGUACCCGUCCCAUGCUCUCGAUGGCUUGAACAGGCCUGUAGCCCAAAUCCACAAGGCGGACGUGAAUAUAGUUAUAUAUAAAAGAUACCUCUCCCUGAUAUGCGAGCCGCAUAAGAAUGUGAUGCGCACCCGCUGCUUAGAACCUGUGGCUUUGCUCUACCGCUAUCCGGCCUCAGUCUGUUUUAACCGAAUCUCGUGUGCCCGAAGCCCGAUGGCCACCCCACCCCACACCCCACUCCACCUGACCUGUAUUUAGAAGCCUCUAUUAGAAAGUCUCGCCCUUUAAAAUCGCCGCGUGUUACCGAUAGCUUUGCCCG